CGUUGUGAAAUAACAGUUCUGGAAAAGACGAUAGAAGAAUGCGCUACUUGGGCUUAGUAUAUUUUCUGCUGCUCUCGAUGGAAGCAUGGAGUUUGGGGAAUACUGCAUGUUGUACGUUUACUUACGUGAGAUUCGGUGUUCCCCCUAAAGAGGUGGCGUGCAAAAACUACUUGGAUAGUACCCGUUUCUUCUGGACAGAUUCCUGCUACAAUUUCUUCUGUGGCAACUUAACAACACCAACUCCCUGCUGCGGAGUGGGAAAUUGCAACAUAUUCUGCUGCAACUGCGAUGGAGGCUGUAUUCCAGGCAAUGUGCAAGAGAAUCUAUUGGAUAGAUUUGGCUCCAAUAUAACUAUGAUAGCAGGAGGCCCGGAACCUGGCCAGAACAAAACAACCACAAUUGCACCAAACAGCACCACAAUUUCUCCUGUGGCCUAAGUGCAUUAAUAUUUUAUAUGAAUGUAUGUAAACGUGGUUUGAUGAUAGUUUGAUACCCUGUAUCAAAUGCUUUGUUAUGCCCACAUAAAAUCAAAUACAUGGCUUAACUAAUUAUUUACUUGUUAUUCAAAAAGCUUAACAAUAAACUGAAUAGCUUAGUGCA